ACACCCAAGUAAAGAGAGAAAUGUACUCAGUUAAUUUCCACUGCCGCACUACUACGAGACUUUGACAGCCUGUCCUCACGCGCAUGCGCUGUUGAGGCUCCCACUUCGUCAUGGCUGACACGGCCUGGCCAGGCUGUGCGAAGAGUUUGAAAGGUGUUGUGUUGGACAUGUGCGGCGUUUUAUAUGACAGCGGCGAGGCCGACGGAGUUGCCAUCCCUGGAUCCAUUGAAGCGGUGAAGAAGCUUAAGGCAUCUGACCUGCAGCUGCGCUUCUGCACCAAUGAGACUCAGGCCACCAGAGAGAAGUUUGUAGCCAAGCUCCAAAGACUGGGCUUUGACAUCUCUGUGUCUGAGGUCUUCUCUCCUGCUCCUGCAGCCGUAGCAGUCCUCAAGGAAAGGGGUUUACGGCCUCACCUGCUGGUGUAUGAUGGAGUUCUCCCCGAGUUUGACAGUGUUGACAAGACCAGCCCGAACUGCGUGGUCAUUGGAGACGCAGCUGAAAAUUUCUCCUACCAGAACGUGAAUGAGGCAUUCAGGGUCCUCAUUGGCUUAGAGAAGCCAGUGCUGUUCUCUCUGGGCCAAGGGAGGUACUACAAAGAGACGGAUGGUUUGAAACUAGAUGUUGGGGUUUACAUGAAGGCUUUGGAGUAUGCCUGUGAUUUAGAGGCUGAAGUCAUUGGAAAGCCAUCCCCAAUGUUCUUCCAUAGCGUUCUCAGUGACAUGGCUCUUCAACCACAUGAGGCACUUAUGAUUGGGGACGAUCUGGUGAAUGAUGUAGGUGGAGCUCAGCGCUGUGGAAUGAAAGGCGUACAAGUCAGGACCGGCAAAUACAGGCCCAGUGAUGAGAGGCACCCGACUGUGACGGCUGACGGCACUGUGGACAACUUGGCCCAGGCUGUGGACAUGAUCCUCAAUCAGAGGGGGCACUGAGAACAAGGAAGUAGGCACUGGAAACUCUCCACUCACUGUGACCCUGGGUGAUAUAGACUGGUUCCUUGUAGUAUUUUCAUAUAGCUCUAAGUGGUGUUUCUGGUGGGAAGGGUGUAUUACUGCAUUAAGGUAUUUUAACAAAGAUAUCAGAAACACUACAGAACUAAAAUACCGUCCAAAUACUGUAUGUCCUGUCAAAUAUGGGAACCACCCACCCAUCUGGUGCUCCACACAGUGUUAACUAGGAUGAAAUUUGCAGAAGUAUUACCCAGGUAUGCAAGAGAUAGUCUUGAGCUGCAGUGUGCGUUUGUCAGUACAUGACUGGCAUAGAUAAGAUACCUCAAGUUGACAUGAAUGUGCCUGUAAGCAGCUGCUGACUGACAGUUAGAAGAGAAAUAAUGCUGUGUCUGUUUAGGCUCCCUGCUAAUGCUACACAGUCAGAUUCCUUUUGGAGCUACUGUACAUGGAGACAGUUUGUUGUUAGAUUGGAAAUGCACAAUGGAAAUGUAGCUGUAAUUGUUUUAACAUAGAUUAAUUAAUGUUAGUAGUAUCUGGGUAAUAUUGUUGUCUCUCACUCCCUUAACACAAAAUGCACUUAACUUAAUAAUGUAGAAGGGAGAAGUCUAGCAAGGAGUGGCUUUGACUAUAAUAAAUAAAGCUAUUUUGCCAGUCUGUGAGCAGC